ACAACACUGCAUGAAAUUGUCAUACGGUACUUAAAAGCAGAUAUGGCAAUUGAAUUAACACGCUGUUGAUGCAUUUAUUAGUUUAAAGUUUAGAGUAGUAUAAAAAGUAUAUUAUUUAUAAAUAAAAAUUUAUAACUAUGUGGCCAAGAUUUGGGGUAAAAGUUGGAAAUAGUACAUUAUGUAUUGCACAUGUCAAAGCCGAUGGCAAAGCAGAAGUAAUCGCAAAUAAACAAGGAGAUCGGGUGUCGCAGGCGUGUUUAUUGUGGGAUGGCGAGAAGGAAAUUGAAUGCGGUUUAACUGCCAAACAAAAAAUGGCUUCACGGCCCAAGCAGGGUGUAGCAAACAGUUUUCAAAUGCUCUUGCCCGAGGACAGUUUGAAAGAAAAACUCGAAACUUGCGCUAAAGAUAUACCAUGCGAGUAUGAUUCAACCAUCCACAAAUUCAUAUUGAGAAGCAAAAUACCAGGCGAGGACGAUGAGAAAGAAAAUACUAAACAAUUGAAUGUUUUUGAUAUACACAUGCAUUUGUUUAAAGCUGAACUUGAGUUAGCUAGACAGUUUCACUCUGAUAUUGAACAAAAACCAAUUGUGGUGCUAUCAAUUCCAAGUUAUUAUCCAGAUAAAGCACGUGAAUUAUUGGCACAGAGUGCGGAGGAUGCUGGAUUUCAUGUUGCACAAAUAAUUUCAGAACCAAGUGCAGCUUUAUUGGCUUAUAGUAUUGGUGAAACUGAUAUAUCUUCAGAAUCAAAAUAUAUAUUAGCUGUAAAAAGCGGUGGUCUUUUUAGCCAUAUUGCACUGUACCAAGUUCGUAACGGCUUUUAUACACAACUGGACUCUUACGGUCCUUUCCCAAUUGGUGGUAAACAAUUUUCGGAGGCUCUAGUACAGUUUAUAUGUGAAGAAUUUCAACGUAAAUACAAACUCGACCCACAUGAAAGUCGACGCUCUAUAGCAAAAAUACGUAAUGCAGCCAUGAAUUGUAAGCAUAUAUUAACAACACUGCCUUCUACUCAAAUAUAUAUUGAUUCUUUGAUGGAUGGUAUCGACUAUAGCUCGCAAAUGUCUCGUGCACGUUUUGAAAGCCUUAUUCAACCUGUUAUAAGCACUUUUAUGCAAACAUUAUCAGAAUGCGUUGAAAAAAGUAUUAAUGAACACAGCAAUAUAAAAAUCAACGCUAUCGUGCUACUGGGUGCGACAAUGCAGAUACCUAAGUUACAGUCCGCCAUUGCAGCACUAUUUCCAGAUGCUAUGCUUUACAAUACAUUAUCGACCGACGAAGUUGUGGCGUUAGGUUGUGCACGACAGGCGACUUUCUUGGUAGACGCCGACGAACAAGAAUUAGAUAUAACAGAAAAUAGCCAUUUCGCAGAAGAUCGAAUUACGAUUUGGCAUAACGAUGAGGCAGAUGCAAAAAUUUUAAUUGAAAAAGGAACCAUGCUCCCAAAUGCUACGAAAAUCGAUAUACAAGUUGGUAAAGAUAUUGAAAAUAUUACACUUAAAUGGCGCUUGGGAGAAAAUGAAGUUAAUGAAACUAGCGUUAUAAAACCCACAGAUGAGGGAUUGCUGCAGUUUGAAGCUGACACUUAUUACAAUGACGAAUCGAAAUCAUCAGUGAUUAUGCUAAAUUGUUUAUAACAUUUAUUUUAAUUAUUGUUUUAAUCUUGAAAAUUAAAAUAAACUUUAAAUAGCUAAACUAAUUAAC